UUAAAGAAAUGGGGGUCCCUUGUUGUUGGAGUGUGAAAGAGUUCUAGAGGAGGUUGGUGUCCUUGAAGGUUUAACGCUCGUUAUCAAAUCUACCAAUCUGCUUGCUUUGGUCUUAUAUCCAAGCUUUCACUUGACGAGGUUUCUUGGGACGGACCUUUCUCUGAGAAACAACUGUAUCAAUGGAGGAGCAGGACAAAGAUGACAAUUCUGCUUCUUUUUCAUGGUGGUCUGAUAGCCAUAAGCGUCCUCAACAAUCCCAAUGGCUUCAAGCUACCCUCUCAGAUUUGGAUAACAAGACUAAAACGAUCCUAAAUAUUAUACAAGACGAUGGGGAUUCAUUUGCAAAGAGAGCUGAGAUGUUUUAUCAGAGAAGACCGGAGCUUAUAAACCUGGUGCACGACUUGCACAAAUCCUACCGUUCUUUAGCAGAAAAGUACGAUCAAAUUAGAUCUGAAUGCGUUUAUGUUUCCCAUUUGAGAUCAAUAUCAUCCUCUUCGUCAUUAAACUCCUCCAAACAAGUUCAACUCUUCCAGGCACGCAACGAAGAAAAUGCUGGAAGCACCAAAUCGGAAGCACCAACUUCCCUUCCUGACUCGGUUGCAGAAGAAAAAUAUAGCAUUAGACGGGAAAAUGAGUCCAUGUCAAGUGAACAAUACAAGAUCCUGAAGACCGAUCGUGAUGAUGACAGGAACGUUAAUGGAAGUGGGCUGGAAAAGAUCAUUAAUGGUAUUGGAUUGAAUGGAAACAUUGAUGGCGGUGAUUUCCAAAUGAAGAGCCUCGAAAAGGAGAAACUGCGGAAUGAAUUAAGGCUACAGGUCUCAGAACUUAUAGAUGAUAGUUUGCAGCAGCAGAGUGAGCUAAUAAAGAGAAAUGACGAGAAGAGAGAAGUGAUCAAGCAUCUUCGUGCCCAAAUCAGCAGGCUAAUGGAAGAGAACAGGGUCCUGAAGAGUUAUCUACCAAGCUACAAGGCGGAUAUGAAGCGGAACACCAAAUCUCAUGUAUCAAAGCUGAAGGGGCUAAAUUGCAUUGGCAAUUUUAAGGGCUAAAUGGCAUUUCGCACGAGUUUCGGUUCAUAACCUAAUAAUGCAAUCAAAUAUCAGUUUAAAACGCCACCAUUUCCUUAAGCUGUUUCGAACUGGCAGCCCUUCAUUGCAUUUCAUUCCAUUCCAUUAUAAAAUGCCGAACUUCCUCUUCAUCUUUUGUCUCUUGUUUUCCUAUUUUGUUGCAAAGUGAUGCAACUUCCAUGGUGUUCAUUGGCUUUCAUUUUUUUUUUUUUGAGAUAACAAUAAUAGUUGUAUGCAAGAAAGGAUGUGCAAAUAAUUUCUUAUCAAUCAUUUAUCAAUUGGAAUGGAGCUUUUAUGCUA